AUGACGGAUGUGGAAAAGCUGCCUUUAGAAACAAUAAUAGAAAUACUAACAAAGAUUGAUGGGAAAUCAUUAGGUCGAUGUCGUCGUGUAUGUCGAAAAUGGAAGGAAUGUAUAGAUGGGGUAGACAGUUUGUGGCAGAAAUUGUGCGAAAAAGAUUUCCCCGAAUCUUCUAGGAUCGCGAAAAGAAAAAGCGGGACCAGUUUCAAAUGGUACCACAUUUAUCGCAAUCUCACAAUGUGGUCAGACAUAUCAAGAUUUGAAACUGACGUUAAAGAAUUUUAUAAAUUUUCAAUACACAACAAAACACAUCUCCUUGAAAUAGACUAUGGCGUAUUAGCACUCAAUGAUCUUAAAGGAUUGGUUUUAUAUGAUGUGAGUACUCUUAAAUAUAUUCCAGUGUCAAUACCUGAUGGUUUCUGUUCGAAAAUGAGUAAUAAUGAUCAUGCAACUAUAAUCUUAACCAGAACAGGAGUCAUAGUACAAAGAUCAUCUAAUCUUACACCUGAAGAUGAGCAAUACUUACGAGCAGACGAUUUUAUACUCACCGAAGAUCAUUUUUACAUACACAGAAACCGUGAUGUAUUCCGAUGUGAUUUCAAUGCACAAAAUCUAGAUCCCGAACUGAUAAUGCAUUGUCAAUAUAACAUCAAAACUAUGGUGCAUCACAACGGCUCAUUACAAUUAUUCACAGAUUGUGGUAAAGUUGUAACUAUUAAUAAAGAUAACGAAGUUAAAGUCAAUCCGAUCAGUUGUCCUGCAGAAUGGAUUCCACAGAUCAAACAUAUAUCUGCCGUCAAUGAUAAAAACUUUGUAUGCUAUUCAAGAAAUUUAAUCAAAGUCGAGACUAAUAAAUAUAAGCAUCUCUAUUUAGACUUUCCGCCGAUAACUGCUUUGUUUUUCUAUGUCGAUAUAAUUUUGAUUGGCACCGGAAGUAGGGAGAUUCUUCUAUAUAAAUUAUCAAGUCAGAAGAAAGCUAUGAAACCUAUUUUCGAAACGAUCGCCGUUCUGCCUGAAGGGAAAAUUCCUUUGCAAUUGGAUGUUGUUGAAAGAAAAAAUGGACCUUUGAUAGCCGCAUCAACAUCUUUUGAGCUUUACCUGAUUGAAAUCAAAUUCUUUCCAAAUGAAAAACCCAAACAGAGUUUUACACCGGACAAACACACAAUGUACAAGAGACUUCACAGACUUAAAAACGAAUUCUACUUGUAA